CCCAUCACCUGGCGACUAUUAUACUUUCCUUCCCCUUGCCUUGUAUUUAUUUGUCAUUCGACGCGGCGGUAUGUAAACAGCCCUUUAUCCGCCUCUAAUUCCAUUGUGACUAUGGCCAGUGUUGUUCUUCGUGGCUCCCUCGGCGUUCCGUUGAAUCGCUUGGUGCGCCCUACGAUCAUGUCCGUCUCGCAGCAGCUGCGACAGCAGUCGCAAUCUCGCCAGAUCUCUUCAUCCCUCCCCUCCUAUUUGGUCACGCCGAAACAGCUCAACGAAGCUCUAGAGAGCAGCAAUUCGUCUACCCCUCCCUCCUCUCGCAUCAUCCCCCUCUGUGCCGCAUGGUUCAUGCCCAAUGACCCCGAAGGUCGUAAGGGAAUUGACGUCUUUCGCAAACAUCGCAUCCCACAUGCACGAUUCUUUGAUUUAGACGAGGUCAAGGACCCGGAUUCUCCUUAUCCACAUAUGCUCCCGACCUGUGAGACGUUCGCAGAGGCGAUGAGCAACAUUGGCAUUCGUCGUGACGAUACAGUAGUGGUCUACGAUACCGAAGAGCUUGGCAUAUUCAGUGCGCCUCGCGUCGGUUGGACUCUGAGGGUGUUCGGCCAUCCCAAGGUUCAUGUUCUGAACAACUACAGAUUAUGGGUGCGUGAAGGAUAUCCUACAGAAACUGGGGAGCCGGCACCAGUCGAAAAGACGGAGUACCCCAUCCCCACGUUCCAAUCAAAACUCGUCGUGCCUUUCCUGGAGAUGAAGGAGAUCGCCAAAGACUACGUGAAUAAAGGCGAGGAGGAGAUUGAGAUCCUGGAUGCACGAUCGGCUGGCCGUUGGGCCGGAACUGAUCCUGAGCCCCGUCCUGGCUUAUCGUCGGGCCACAUUCCCGGUUCGAAGAGCUUGCCCUUCCAGGAAUUGCUGGACCCUGAGACAAAAACCUAUCUUUCUAAACCGGAGCUCGAAAAGGUCUUCCAGGAGCACGAGGUGGAUCCGUCAAAGACUAUUAUCAGCUCGUGCGGCACUGGUGUGACUGCUACUAUUAUCGAGACCGCAUUGGCAGAGGCAGGAUUUGGGGAUGCUAUUAACCAUCGUGUGUAUGAUGGAAGCUGGACGGAAUGGGCACAGCGUGUGAAGGAAUCGGAUAAUCUCAUCAAAAAGAGUGUCUAGUCGGCGAUAAUCCUUUUUUUUGUUUCUUUCGUUAUCUUGAGAGAGAUGGAAUUAUAGAAGUUGGGCAUUGCCAUUGUUUAUUCUCUGUGUCUAGAGACCAUAUUUCCCUUCCCAUGCAUAUGUAUCUAGUGAGCCACACACAAAUAGCGGCAACUGCCGCCUGACGGGCAUCA